UAAUGGUUGCCGGUCGCACAUGGAUUCGGUAGAACUUUGCCUUCCUGAAUCUUUUUCCCUGCACUACGAGGAAGAGCUUCUCUGCAGAAUGUCAAACAAAGAUCGACACAUUGAUUCCAGCUGUUCGUCCUUCAUCAAGACGGAACCCUCCAGCCCGGCCUCCCUGACGGACAGCGUCAACCACCACAGCCCAGGUGGCUCCUCAGACGCCAGCGGGAGCUACAGUUCAACCAUGAAUGGCCAUCAGAACGGACUUGACUCGCCACCUCUCUACCCUUCUGCUCCUAUCCUAGGAGGGAGUGGGCCGGUCAGGAAACUGUAUGAUGACUGCGCCAGCACCAUUGUUGAAGAUCCCCAGACCAAGUGUGAAUACAUGCUCAACUCGAUGCCCAAGAGACUGUGUUUAGUGUGUGGCGACAUUGCUUCUGGGUACCACUACGGGGUAGCAUCAUGUGAAGCCUGCAAGGCGUUCUUCAAGAGGACGAUUCAAGGUAAUAUAGAAUAUAGCUGCCCCGCCACGAACGAAUGUGAAAUCACGAAGCGCAGACGUAAAUCCUGCCAGGCUUGCCGCUUCAUGAAGUGUCUGAAAGUGGGCAUGCUGAAAGAAGGGGUGCGUCUUGACAGAGUACGUGGAGGUCGGCAGAAGUACAAGCGCAGAAUAGAUGCGGAAAACAGCCCCUACCUGAACCCCCAGCUGGUCCAGCCAGCCAAAAAGCCAUAUAACAAGAUUGUCUCACAUUUGUUGGUGGCCGAGCCGGAGAAGAUCUAUGCCAUGCCUGACCCUACUGUCCCCGACAGUGACAUCAAAGCCCUCACCACACUGUGUGACUUGGCGGACCGAGAGCUGGUGGUCAUCAUUGGAUGGGCGAAGCAUAUUCCAGGCUUCUCCACGCUGUCCCUGGCGGACCAGAUGAGCCUUCUGCAGAGCGCUUGGAUGGAAAUUUUGAUCCUCGGUGUCGUAUACCGAUCUCUUUCAUUUGAGGAUGAACUUGUCUAUGCAGAUGAUUAUAUAAUGGAUGAAGACCAGUCCAAAUUAGCUGGCCUUCUUGACCUAAAUAAUGCUAUCCUGCAGCUGGUAAAGAAAUACAAGAGCAUGAAGCUGGAGAAAGAAGAAUUUGUCACCCUCAAAGCGAUAGCUCUUGCUAAUUCAGACUCCAUGCACAUAGAAGAUGUGGAAGCUGUUCAGAAGCUUCAGGACGUCUUGCACGAGGCCCUGCAGGAUUACGAGGCUGGCCAGCACAUGGAGGACCCGCGCAGGGCUGGCAAGAUGCUGAUGACGCUGCCGCUCCUGAGGCAGACCUCCACCAAGGCCGUGCAGCACUUCUACAACAUCAAACUGGAAGGCAAAGUCCCCAUGCACAAACUUUUUUUGGAAAUGCUGGAGGCCAAGGUCUGACUAAAAGCUUCUUGGGCCUUCCUAUCCUGCACGCCGAAAAAGGGAAAAUAAACCCAAGAGUGAUGUCGAAGAAACUUAGAGUUUAGUUAACAACAUCAAAAAUCAACGGACUGCACUGAUAAUUUAGCAGCGAGACUAUGAAGCAGCUUUCAGAUUCCUCCGUAUCUUCCCGAUGAGUUUCUUUCUACCUUAUCUCUUCUUCUUUCUCCCUUUCUUCUGUCAUUUCUUUUGCUUUU